UGCUUGAGCCAGUCCAGUGGAGAGCUGCUGAGAUGAUCAGGGGGCUGGAAAUCUCCCUUACGAGGAAAGGCUCCUCCCAAAAUGGGAGGAAAUGGACAGCACUUUUUUCCCCAGGUCUUCCCUUCACCAGAGCUGCAGAUCACGUUGCAUGGGCUAUAUUAGCCAGCGCUAAAGCAGCAGUCCUUCAUCUAUGGUUCAUAAGCAGCCCAUUUCUCAUAAGGCCCUUUGAUAUCGCCUGUGGCCAUAGGGAUGUAACAAGCUCAUACUGCAUUAAAGGAGAACAUUGUCUCGUGUUCCAACAGCUUUGUCCUUGUUUCACCUCUGAAACACCAGAUCCAAAUGCCAAAAGGAAUUGUUACUGUUGCUGAAACAGAAUAAUUUUUUUAAAAGUAAACUGUCCUUCAAAUACUGUGCUAUUAAUGGUAGGCGAGUGGUUAAAAAUAGAAUAUUCCAUGUAAUUUAAAAAAAAUUAUAGUAUAAUGACUCCUGAAAUAUAAAAGAUCUGCAAAAGGUGUUGUUAUAACUAAUUUCUGUCUCCCUUUGAGACAUGCUUAACCUUUGUAAUUCUUUUCUACUCUGCUGAUCUUUUGCUUAAAGUCACUCACUGAACACUGUCUUACAUGUAUCCGUUAAAACCAUGUCACUUGUUGCAGAAAACUCACACAUAUCACAAAGUUAAUUCCCACCUAUCAACAAAUAUCUUUUGUAGUGAUAUCUAAUCAUAGAUGUAUUUCAUAUAAGAAAAUCAAUUUUAGAUGUUAAUACAAUUCCAAAACCUGAGAGUAAUUUCUCAGUAACUUCUGCUCUAGCUGAAUGUUAGUGUAGAUUUUUUUUCUUCUCUUCAAUGUCAUGUUAUAGUUCUCCACAUUGUCUUUCUCCUGCAUUGGUCUUUCUUCAACUGUGGCCAAAGAAUAACUGAAGAGCAGUAUGAGAGCAUCAAAGCAUUUUCCAGACCAUACAAUAGAUGCUCUCUAGUAAUUGUCUACAUUGAAAUGAUUUUCCUCUGUUGCCUGAUCCUAACACCAACAGACAACUCUUAUAUAUUAACUGGUUUUAGUAAAGAAAAUACAGAUUUUUCCAGGGAUGUUCUUAUGGCUUAAAGCACCAUGGUGGACUACAUUGGUUGUUCCCUCCUUUGUCACCUUCAAGUUUAUGUAGAAAGGCUACCGUUGUUUCCUGUAGACUUGUUGAUCCCAGUCAAGUAGUGUGAUUCUGGGUCUUAAAUGAUGACGUGACCCCAUCACACAUCUGUUGCUAACAAUCAGUGGCUCUAAAAACUGUGACCAAUCUAUUUACCUACCUACCUAUGCACCUACCCACCUACCUGCCUAUGUACCUUCCUCUGUCAUAUCUUAGAUCAGCUGAAAUUCCUAUUAGCGUAAUACAAAUCAUGUGUGUCAUCAGGUUCUCUGCACAGAUACUCAGCUACUGAAUUUGUUGCCCAAGGAUUUUAUCAUUGCCUAUUACUAACUUAUUGUGAAUACCUGCAAAAAUGCUACAUGCAAUUUUAGAAUUGCAAAGAAACCAAUUGUCCAGCCUCCUUUGUAUAGAAGUUGCCUGACAAACAAGAAAAUGCUGCUUGAAUUUAAGUCAAUAAGUUACUACUGGGUUUUUCCCUUCACUUUCAGUUUAAUAUGUUAUUUCCCCCACCCCCAGCACUAUAUCUUGGCCUAAGUAAUGGUGACAGUGGAUUUCAAAUAGUUGCAACAUCAUACUCAAGAAAUGAGUGAACUUCACAUAAAGUGAGCAGCUUGCAUCUAGAUCCUACACUUGAAUGCAGUAUAUCAGAUUUAUCAAAUGCAAAGAACAGAUUUAUGAUGGAAACAGCAGGCUGAUGUAAUAGGAAGCACUGCAUUGCGCUGCACUGCAUUGUGCUUAAAGCAAUGAGCCAUCUUUGUAUGCAUGCUCUGGGGGAGGAACCUUUGUGCUUCCUGUGUUAAAGAGGACUGGUAUCUCUAUAGUUCUGCUAUUAAUCUUACAGAGAUACCAGUUUCUUUUGUAUCUCUGCUCCAUAUUUUCUGAAUGACUGAAGAUUUGCAAAAGCAUAUCACAGACACAGGUACCCAAAUCCCAUUGACUCUCUGGAGGCAUUUACUGUAGAAAAUUUGGUGAUUUGGUUCUUAAAACCCUUUGAAAUGUCAUACCUCUUUUUUUUUUUUUAAUCCUUAUGCAGGAUAGUAUAAUCUCCCUCCUUGCAUUUUUUUUUAAUUAUAAUAUUGUCUCCAAAUACAGGCUGAAUAUAUAAUGGAGUCAUGUAGAUCCACCCAAUGUGCUGUGAGUUAUAAGCUGACUGGGCAGAGGAUUUCCCUGCAUCUCCCCACGAUUUACUGGGGGAGAAGGGAGUAGAACUAAGAGAUGAAAAGCCCUUCUUUCCACUUCUCUUGUUUAGUACCAGCCAGUGCUCUGUGUCUACAUGUAUUUUACAUCCACAUUCAGCCCUAUGCUGAACAACAGUUAGCUCUAAUCUGAAAGUUGAGUAGCUACACUACUGGCCACUUAAUUAGGUCAGACCACAAUUAUACUGUUGUGCAACUUCCACUCUGGAGGCAGUGGAUGGCCUACCAGCUUGGAUGCAAACAAGGUAAACAUCUUACUGUCCUCUUCAUCUAAGGAGACAUAUCUGAAGUCCCCAUCUUGGUUGGCUGCUUUAGCUGUAUCAUAAUGCAAAUUAAUUACUGUCGUAUAAAGCUCAGAUUUUUUAAUUAUUUUUAAUAUAUGUGGGAUAUAUUUUUCCCCUUUAUUGGUUUGCGUUUCUCUCAAGGUUUGAUCUUGGUUCAGUGAUUCCACAUAAUAGCUUGUGACUGGAAUAUUUUAGGAAAGUUCAUUGAUAUUCUAAUAUUACACAGUAAUUCCUGAUGAAGUCACAUAAAUCACUGCUUAGUGAAUUAUACAUAAAGAACAGUUAUCUUCUUGCUGCUACUCCAUUAAUAAUAACAGUAAUAACACUUGAUCUUUGGCAUUAAUCUCCAAAUCAGCAUCCAUGCAAAACUAGCCAGAUGCUGAAGGAAAUUCCUUAUAGAGGAAUCAUGCUGAUCAUACAGUUUAUAUAAACCUUCCUUUUACUAAUGUUAUGCAGGUUUUUCCCUGGAUUGUGGUGAAAUAACUGUCAUUCCACAAAGCAAAAAUAAUCUGUCCUUCAAAAGAAAAGAAAAUAAUUUUCAAACAGGACAUUUCUGCCAAAAAGGAGUGUUUCCAUUGCAUUUGAGGAAAGCAAAACAUGGACAUAGAGUUUCUACCAUUCUCUUUCAGUGUCAUAGGGGAAGUAGGAUAAAAUGAUGGGAGAGAAGCUGUUCUCCCUCAAAUUUCCCCUUAAGAAUACAUGAGCUCAUAAUGGAAAACCAGACUGUCAUAAAAAGAUAUUUUCACAAUCUCUAUGUUUUAAUAUUUAAAAAUUCCUCUGAUGGAUCAUUGCAAACUAUCCCAUCGUGGAAGUUCCACACAGAUGUGUCUGUGCUCCGUAAGUGGCAUCUAGGAUUCUUGACAUGAAGCUUGGGUAGCGUAUUACUCCAUUUGCCCUGUAACAGUAACUGAGCUAAGGCAAUUGUGUAGGUUUUAUGCGUGUUUGUGCAAGCACAUGAAAAUGUGUAUUUGUUUAUAUUGGUCAUUAACUAUUCCUGUUUCAGAACUGGCCAGGCAUUUAAAGACUACCAUCAGGUUGGACAGAUGUUUAAGCUAUGCAUUAGUGACAUUACAGUCACUAAGAAAAGCCAUAACACAUGGUUGACAUGAGCAAACAGGCAAGCUGAGCUGGACUGAGAAAGAACUACACAGCAUAUAUGUAAAGUUGCUUGUGCCCUUAUUUAUCUGCUCAGUGACUGAAUGCAGCUCUUGAGUUUUCCUGGUCAUUGCUGGCUUGCUGUUAAACUGGUGUGUUAUCACAGAAGUGAAUUUUGGAAAUUGGAAAUUGUCUUAAAUGGGAACAAAUUUUUGCCUAACCUUGAUUCAGCCUGGGCUUUUUCUCAUUUGUGAAAGGAGGGCUGCCCUAAGUGCUUCCCAGAGGCUGCAGUUAAAACAGGCUGAGACUGCAAAGGGAAAUGGGUAUUGAUGUUCACAGAGGAUUCCUCCCUGAGGCUUCCUCCCUGCCCUCAUUAGGAGGCUUCCCCUGGGAGGAGAAGCAGGUGAAUGGCGCACAGUCCAGCCUCCUUCUGACAGGCAUUUCAAAGGUAGUCAGGGACCAAGACCAGAAGGAGGUAACUGUGACACCUGGUACAGUUUGCAUACCUUUCACUUGCCUGGGCCUCAGCUGCUUCUGCCACAUCUUCCUCAACAGGCUUUCUCAGACUGCCAUUUUCUCUUUCUGAAUAGUGAAACAACAACGGUAGAAGAAGUGUCAGUGUCUGCAUGGCCCACCUUUGGCAAAAUGGCCUGGAUAACAACAGCCCUUAAGAUAGGAGUGGGAAUAUAAACAGUGCAUGUGAAUGGAGGACCCAAAACUGCCUGAGAAGACAUCUAUCCCAAACGGUCAUGUAAGAGAGAAAGACAAGCAUCAGCCAGAUGUAAAGACGCUCUGCCACUAUGUAAAAAAGGAACUCGGGCCACGUGUUGCAAUUCUGUGGUAUUGCGGUGAAAUGGAGCAUCCCUUUCCUUUCAGAGUUUACAAGUAUUUAUAAGGGAGCCAGCACUUUGCUUCCUUCAGAUCAAAAAACCAACCUGCCCAGUAACUUCAGCUAACAGGCAUCGCAGGAAAAGAUGUCUCACCUACUACUUGCCUUACUUUCAUUAUUUUCCUUUGCUGCCCUUCUGGAAGCGCAGUGGAAACUGAGGGAAAAUGUGUACGUCAUAGAAUCAGAGUGGAAUGAUGAGACACCAGCUAAAAGAGUGGAGCUGACCUGUAACACAUCUGAUGAAGUACUGCCAGUUUACUGGAAAAAGGGCACCGAACUGAAAGGAACUGGAAAGACUCUGAUUGCCGAAGUAAAAGAGUUCCCAGAUGCUGGCAACUACACCUGUCUGACAGCUGAUACCCAUGAAACCAUCAGCUAUGAUUUCUUCCUCAUAACUAAAAUAGACUCCAAUGGGCAAAUGAUAAGGUCAAUUCUGAAAAGCUAUAAAGAGCCUAACAGGACAUUUUUAAAAUGUGAGGCAAAGAACUACUCUGGAAUUUUCAUCUGUUCAUGGAUGACAGAAAAUGAGAGUCCAAAUGUGAAGUUCACAAUCAGAAGUCUAAAAGGCUCUCAAGAAGAUGUAACCUGCAGCAGCCCUGUAGCUCACACUGAUAAAUCAGUGACUGAAUACACAGCCCAGUGCCAGAAAGAAAACUACUGUCCAUUUGCUGAAGAGCACCAGCCAAUUGAGAUGUUCCUGGAGGUCAUUGAUGAGGUGGAAUAUGAGAACUACACUAGCAGCUUCUUCAUCAGAGAUAUCAUAAAACCCGACCCACCCCAAUGUCAGUAUGCAGCCACAAAUGGAACAGUGAGCUGGGCAUACCCCAGAACAUGGAGCACACCAAAGUCCUACUUCCCUUUGACUUUCAGGGUCAAAGUUGAAAGUACAAAGAAACACAAAAGCCAGAUCUAUGAUGCUGAUGAGCAGGCUAUUCAAAUUCCAACGGCUGGGCUGAAAGUCAAGAUCUCUGUGCAGGCCAGGGAUCGCUAUUACAACUCAUCCUGGAGUGAGUGGUCUUCGCUUUGCAGGUAA